AUGAGUCAUCUACAAGAAUUUCUGAGGAACCGGUUUCCCGGAAUCGACAGUUUCCGAGGACAUCAAAUGCGUGCGAUUGAGCUGAUACUCGAAAGGAAAAACGUAGUCGCAGUUAUGCCGACUGGAGGAGGAAAAUCGCUCAUAUACGCUUUCGUACAUGAAUAUUUAAAAGCUACGGUGGUGGUGAUUUCUCCACUCCGGGCUCUCUGUCUGGAUCAAGCACGGAAGUGGAGCGAGAAGUUCGGCGUCAACGCAGCAUAUAUCGGUCCGGAUAACGGCAGCGAGGUGAGCAAUGGGGAUAUCCUCUUCAGAUGCGAAACGAGGCAACCCCAUCUCCUUUUCGUGUCUCCUGAGUAUUUAACGGAGAGUAUCGAUCGCUUCAUCGCCAUUGACCGUGAAUGCGGUUUGGGUCUAGUGGCGGUCGAUGAGGCUCACGUUAUCACAGACUGGAAAUUCUUUCGGCCAAGCUACAACAACAUCUUCGAUAUCAUAGGGAGCUCGCUCUCUAACUGCCCAAAUCUGUUUCUGUCUGCUUCAAUAACAACAGAGGAAAUAGAGGAUAUUCGGAGAAGACUACGAUCCCCCCACGACUUUAUGCAGCUCAGAACGCCCUGUAUCCGUGAUAACAUUUACAUUCACGUAAAAAAUGCAGCAAACAAUGAGCGCGAUCUCCUCGAUUGCAUAGGUCUGGAGGAAUCGACGAUGGUGUAUUUUCGAUACGCCAAGGACGUUGAAAAAACGAGUGCCGAACUCACCCUCCUCAGGAUACCGCACGUCGUAUACUAUUCUAGCUUGCCUCAUGACACUAGAAAGAGAAACCUAACCGCGUUCAUCCGAGAUGAGAUCCGUAUCAUUCUGACGACGUCGGCGCUCGCCAUGGGUUUCGACAAAGAAAAUGUUCGGCAUGUAAUUCAUUACGGUUAUCCUACAAGUGUUCGUCAAUACUAUCAAGAAAUCGGAGCUGGGCGUGACGGCGAGCCUGCCCGAUCUACAGUGUUCUUGUCAACGCUCACCGAGAAACGCCAACGAUUCAUUUUAAACAUGUUGGUAACAUCACAAGAAGCAUGUUUCGAAACGCUCCGUUACGCGACGGUGAGACACGUCUUCAACAGAGCGAACUGCAUCUGGCAGUGCAUCUCGUCGAUUCUUGAUAAUGGUGACUCAUUCACAUCGCUAGCGAAUGAAUGGCGACAAGAACAAUGUUGCUCAAUAUGUUUGCUCUACGUAGGCUGCGAAAUGAAAUACCUCCUGUACUACCAUGCCACCAGGAACUUUAUUGGUUGCUGA